AAGGGCAUUUCUAAUCCAAUGAAAACAAUCGUUAUAGCUCCCAUAAAAAUGUUAUCUAGAAACGAGAGUUGACUCCUUCCGUGUUUCAGUAAACCGUACGUGAUUGGUUGUUUGUGAUCAUCUGAUAGGGGCUACGUCAUUCUGCGAUUGCGCAGUCGUAAAAAAUUAGACUACGCGUGCGUAAUCACAUGCACAGUGGGCUUUAAAUGACCCAUUCCUGCGGGAAUGAUUACAACUGUCAGAUCAUGGAUCCCCAGGAGAAGUUGAUAUCUGAGCUUCUAAACAAUAUUAGGGGUUGCAAUUUAAUUAAUCGCGACGAAAUCAGGGAAGAUGGGGGGAAGUGGGAAAGUUAUAUACACGAUUACUUUGCAAACGACAAAGAUAGCGACAGCGAUGAUUGGGGUACCGAUGAUGGUGAUGAUGCCGACAGCGAAGGGGAGCUCGACGAGCUAGAGGAAGCGGACGUUCACCAUCACGGUGCAGCUCUCGUUCCAUUUGACGACGGAAAUGGUUUCCACGGAAUCGAUGCCUUGCACGUCGGGGAGGCAAUUGCCGCCGAACAGGCCAGGGACUUAGUGUCUGAUCAUUAUGAGACAGAGAAGGUCAAAGUGGAGGGGUUUAAAUGUGCCUGCAAAAACGAGGACUGUCAUAAGGCCUUCAACAAACAGGAAAUGUUGGACUCGAGGCUUGAACUUCGGGCAUUCAAUGAAGCUGAAAAGGAUCUUCUUGUGCUUGGGGCAGUCCAGUGCCACACGAACAUGUCCAAGAUGACGACAGCAAAGAAGCAUAAGACCACAGAGCGGAAGCAUGCCCACACCGAGUUUUUCUUCAGGGGGAAGAAGGUUUGCAGAGAUCGCUUCAGGUUUUUGUUUGCUAUUAGUCAGAAUAAACUAUCAGCGGUGCAGACACACUAUCAGGCCAAUGGAAUUGCACCAAGAGAAAAGCAGACAACUAAAGGAAAGAGGAGAAAGACAUCAUUGUCUUUUGAAGACAACCAACGCAUUGUGGUUUUCCUGCAAAAUUAUGCAACCACGCAUGCUGUUAUGCUUCCUGGCCGGGUAGCUGGGCACAAGCGGGACGACAUUUUGCUGCUCCCCAGCAACAAUACCAAGGCUGCUGUACACAGAGUGUACAAGAAAAUUGUCAAGACAGCUGGUUACAGGGUUGUAGGUCUGACUUCUUUCCGAGACAUCUGGAGGCAGCUUUGUUCACACAUUGUCAUCAGCAGGCCCAUGACUGACCUGUGCUUCAAAUGCCAACAGAACAACAGUGCAAUCAUCAAGUCUGCCAACCUGGGUGAGGAUGAAAAGGGGGAAAAUUUGAAGGAGCAGGAACACCAUCUGUUGACAGCCAAAAAACAGAGAUCCCACUAUACAGCACAGGUCAAGGAUGCUAAAGAUGUUUUGCACAAUCAACGCCUGGAUGAACCAGCCAAGUCUGCACCUCCUGCUGUUGCACACUAUUCCUUUGAUUUUGCACAGCAGGUGCACUUUCCCAACAAAGUGUUUCAACCCGGCCCCAUCUAUUUCAUGACUCCUCGCAAGUGUCUCGUGUUUGGAGUGUGUGCUGAAGCUAUUCCACAGCAGAUAAACUACUUGGUGGAUGAGCACUUCGUCAUCGACAAGGGUUCAAAUCUGGUGAUCAACCUCCUUCACCACUUUUUUGAACAGUACAGUUUGAAGGAACGAUCAGUAAAUUUACACUGCGAUAACUGUACUGGUCAAAACAAGAAUAAUUACAUGUUGUGGUACAUGCUGUGGCGAGUGUGCAAUGGUCUUCAUCAUUCCAUUACAUUGAAUUUCCUCUUGACUGGACACACCAAGUUUGCACCGGAUUGGUGCUUUGGUCUGUUAAAGAAACAGUACCGUGUUACUGAUGUGUCCAGUCUAGAGGAAUUGUGUGAUGUAGUGCGGGCUAGUUCCGUUACUAAGCUCAAUGUACCGCAGUUAGUGGGGAAGGAGGAUGGUACCCAGAUUGUGCCCCAAUACGACUGGCAAAGUUUCCUGAAGCCAUUCUUCAAGACCCUUCCACAAAUCAAGAAGUACCAUCAUUUCAGAUUCAGUGCUGAUCAGCCUGGUUUGGUGUGGUCUAGAGAGUUCUGCGAUUCACAGGAAGUGGAGUUUAGCCUUCUGAAAGGCAAGCACCUGCCCCCACCAGAGCUGCCAACAGAAAGAGAAGUAAAUGGGCUGUCGGCAGCACGACAGUGGUAUUUACAUGAUAAUAUUCGCCAGUUCUGUGACGAUGAAUCAAAGGAUGUAACAUGCCCUAGACCAACUAUACCGAAACCUGCAAAAACAUAGAAAAAGUCAGAUUGGGAACAAUUAAAUGUUCUUAAAGGAUAUGCAGAUGAGGUAAAAUUCAAAAAAAAUUAACCAGUAGUGUGACUUAAAAUCAGGUUUGAUUGCAGGCCAUAUUUUGUCAUGUGUGUGCCUGGUUGCUAUGUAAAUGCAAGCCAAAAAAAAAAAAAAAAAAAAAUGUCUUUUUUAUCUCUUUCCACCCCAAAAAUCAAUAUUUGUUAAGAAAACUGCCAAUUUGAUUUUAUAUAUGACCUUCCAUCAGAAUUCAACUCAAAAAUAUUGAUAUAUGUAUUUUUUAUUUUUUAUUUCUAACAAACAAAUCUGCAUGUCUAAAAAUUCUGACGAAUUGGCAAAUACUGUCUCUGUUGAGACGAAACAUGUAUUUCUGUUGAUAUUUUGCCCAAAAAUGUGUUUUUUUAAUGUUUAUUUUGAGAUAAGUUUCUCAAACCAAAGAUAAUGAAUUUCCGUCCAGUAAUGUAAAUAAAGAUCAGUUCUACGUAAACAAAAAAUGUUGUGUUAGUAUCUUAAUUUAUAUGUCUGGUUGCUAUGGUGUUCUGAAUUUACAUGCAAAAUUAGCAAUAAAGAAAAUGAACCGUUUGUUUAACAGCCUGUUUGUGGUAAACUUGAAUUUGAAUAUUGUCGAUGACCUGCGACC